AUGGCAAGGCCGCAAUAUGUGCUGAUCACUGGAUGUACGCCGGGCGGCAUUGGACAUUAUCUCGCCCUGGAAUUCGCUGAGAGGGGCUUCCACGUUCUGGCCACUGUCCGCGAUCCCGACAAGUACACCUCGCCCGACGCCAGAAUCACAUACCUCCCCCUCGAGCUCUCCAACAAUGAUUCCAUCGCGGAACUGCACAAACGCGUCACCGAAAUCACGGGCGGAAAGCUCGAUAUUCUAUACAACAAUGCCGGACGCAACUAUGUCAUGCCCGCCCUCGAUUACGACGAGCAAGAGCUGCACCAGCUUUUCCAAGCAAAUUUCUUCUCUCUGAUAAAGAUGUGCAGCACUUUCGCGCCGCUUCUCAUCGAAACAAAGGGCACCAUUGUCCAGACGGGCUCGAUUGCGGCCGUCAUGCCAUAUGCGUGGGGUGCACUGUACAACGCAAGCAAAGCCGCCCUGCACGCCUACUCGGACACCCUGCGCGUUGAGCUUGCACCGCUAGGCGUUCGCGUCAUCACCGUGGCCACUGGUGGUGUCAAGUCGAACAUUGCGCGAACAGAGCGCUCCCUGCCGCCGGGCUCAUACAUGCAGCCGCUUGCAGCCGAGUACCAGCGGCGACUAAAGCAUAGCCAGGAGCUGGGAAUGGACACAAAGCAGUAUGCAAGAAGCUGUGUAAACAAAGUGCUCGCUGGCGAUGGCUUGUUCCGCAAAACCAGAUGGAUAUGGGAAGGUAAAAUGAGCUGGAUCGUGUGGUUCGCGUGGACAUACCUACCUACUGCAGUUUUGGAUUAUUAUUUCACCAGGACGUUCAGCCUCAACAAACUUCGAGGGACUGCGGGGCCGGAUAAAAAGAGCGAUUAAACAAACAACAUAAUGCCAAGCAUCCAGCACUACGCCCAAGAUAGUCAACCGAGUUUCAUACCCUUUUCGGAGUUGCCCUCCAGUGCCCCCUUUUCUCGUGCGCGUCGCAUUUCUCUGAGGGCUUGACCGAAUGUCGCUUUGGACAGCUCUGAUACUCUACUGGAUUGAGAAGAAAGAGUGAUGAGGUCAUUCUACCAGCCCGCCGCAGUCAACAGGAUGAACAAGUCCCGCUAGUAUGCCAAGCGUAAUGCGUGGAUCUCUUAAGCAAUCUUAGGAUCCGCUCGCGACUCGUCGGUUCUACACACCCGAGGGAAUACGAACAAUGAAAUCCUCCAGAAAAACCCAAGAAUUCCUAAUGUAACUUCAGGAACGCUUCUUUGGGUAGAAAUUCCCAACGCCCUCACACACAGCGACAUGGUACAGGAUACGAAAGGAGCAUGCGGUUCGGCCAACAUAUCUGUUUAGACUAUACGACCAUGAUCGUUGGUAACCUCAUCU